UUAAACUUCCUGUGUGAAGAAAGAUGAGGUGAUAGGCUGAAAGUGAAUCACUGCUUUAACUGUUUACGAUAGAUCUUGCCGACAAAUCAAGGGAAAAUGAAGCGACCUGUUGUUGUGCCUCGUCAGGAAUCUCUCAUGUAUCCAAUUGUAAAAAAUCCGUUCGUGCAUAAUCUGCAAUUUACUACGCUAGAUAUUGUUAGAAUAGCGAUUAUGUCGGUCACUAUAGCACCUGUAAGACUGGUCUCCUUGUCCCUGCUAUUUGGACUCGCCUGGUUACUAGCAAAGAUUUCAUUGGCUUGGAGAACACCAGAAGAAAAAGAGAAACCAUUAGAAGGAUGGAGAAAGUUCUUGAUGAGACCAAUGAUUAUGGUGGGAAGAGCUGGUAUAUUUUGUACAAGUUUCCAUAACGUUAAGGUCAAAGGUCAUCGGUCCACCGCCAAGGAAGCGCCCCUCCUGGUAGUGGGCCCCCACUCCAGUUUUUUCGAUAGUCUUGUCUUGUUUUAUUGUUGGGAAUUUCCAUCGGUGGUGUCUAAGCAGGAAAUCUCCUCCCUUUUCGUACUGGGAACUCUUAUAGAGUACACACAGCCAGUGCUAGUCAAGAGAGAGGAUCCUAAUUCCAGAACUAACACAAUUAAGGAAAUUCACAGAAGAGCUCAUUCAGGGGGAAAAUGGCCCCAAAUCAUCAUCUUCCCGGAGGGAACAUGUACAAAUAGAAGUUGCCUUAUAAAUUUUAAAUCUGGUGCUUUUUAUCCAGGCUCCCCUGUGCAGCCUAUAUGUAUACGAUACCCAAAUCAGUUUGAUACAGUAACAUGGACAUGGGAAGGGCCUGGGGCCUUUGCCUUGUUAUGGUAUACGUUAUGUCAGUUUCACACAAAAUGUGAAAUUGAGUUUUUACCUGUGUAUACGCCAUCAGAAGAGGAGAAGAAGGAUGCUGCAUUAUUUGCAGCCAAUGUCAGGGCCACCAUGGCAAAAGCCCUUGACAUUCCUGUAACUGAUCAUUCCUAUGAUGACUGCAGAUUGAUGCAGAAAGCAGCUAAACUCAAGCUCCCUAAAGCUGAAGGACUUGUCGAGUUCAUGAAGUUAAACAAAAAACUAGGGUUGAAUUUUGAUGCAGCCAGUGAGCUGUUAGAUAGAUUCUAUGCUAUUGCAAAGAACAGGGAGGGCAAAGUUACCUACGAACAGUUUGCAAAUUAUCUACAUUUGCCAAAAUCUAAUGCACUGGAAGAAGUUUUCUCCCUUUAUGAUCGUGAUGGAUCAGGGACGAUUGACUUCAGGGAGUACGCUAUAGGACUGUCUCUAGUAUCCUCUCCCGAAAACACAGAGGAGACCAUUCAAUUCGCAUUCCAGCUGUUUGAUGAGGGAAACAAAGGAUACAUUACCAAGCCCGAGCUUGGACAAAUUCUACAUAAUGCUUUCAACAUGGAUGGGCUCGACUCAGAUGCUCUGUUUGAUGAAGUGGAUGUGAAUCAAGAUGGCAAAAUCUGCUUUGAUGAGUUUUCCAAGCAUGCAAUGAAGAAGCCAGAAUAUGCAAAGUUGUUCAAGACCUACCAGGAUGCAAAAACCAAUGGUCACCAGAAACAGGAAUAAAAACUGAUCUGAGGGCAGCAGCUUAGGAUGUACCAAAUGAGCAUGUGCACAGAGAGAACAGGAAGUGACAUCGUUGUCAGUGAUGCUGGUGCUUAAUUGUGUCUGGUUUAGUUUGUCUUGGUUUUUGUUUAUGACAGUAUUAUUGUUGUCUGUUUCAUUUUCGGGGUUAUAUCUGUGACCUAGUCAUGGUUUUUAAUUUCUUUGAAAUAUAUGUAUGUUUUUAUGUAUAUAUACCUUAAUUUCUGGAAGGUAGGUUAGUAGUACCAUUGUUGGAUGUGCUGGUCUAUGCUAUAACAUAGAAUUUAAUUAGUUUGGUAUUAAG